GAGGGACCAGUACAUACCGCAGCAAUAGCUCUGGCACACGAGUCACGAGGCCAAGUCCUAUUGCCGAAAUUCUCAUGGCUGGUGGCAGUGGCGUUUUUUUACAGAUCCUUUGUUUGGAACCGCCCUGGGAUGGGGGUGGAAGGGGGGGAAACAACUCCCGACGACCCGCAAAGCUACCGAGGCCACGCGAUCCUCGACACCGACUACUCCCAGCGAGUUCUCUUCCCCGUAGAGCCCUCAUCAACCAUCGGCAUUCCUCCGGCGCAGUUAUUUCUCCUUUCUCCAGAGCCUGAUCUCCCACGGAUCCACCGCGCCAGGAGUAUCCAAGGCACUGAGCCAUCAGAGGGCACGUGGAUUUAUGAGCCACGGUUUCGCGGCUUCGUGGAAUGGAGGGCAGAAGAUGAAAGUUGGUUUGAGGCACGGUGCUCGACCGAGACGUUGCGAGAGGAUGGGAGCGGGGGUGGGAAUGAGGAAUGGCUCUCAAGAACGAUUGCGAUGCCGGCAAUACCACCAGCGGCGCAUCAGACGGGGAGGCAAAAGGCAGUGCUGGGGAUGCCACACCCGGGAAUACCGGUCAAGCUCCCCAGGGGAUCUGGGAGUGCGGCCAGUGGAGAUACUGGUACCGGCAGUCGGCUGAGAAUACCUCCGCCAGUAUCAUAUCUCAACAUCCCCGGCGGCAAUCCUAGUCCCACCGCGUUGAUCAGUCCCUUCCUGGCCAACAACCUCCCCGCCGCCUCACCCCUCCUCCACGGCAAUGGGCCGGACUUGAUCCUCAUCCUGCCACCGGACAACACCCUCGCCCGCGUCCCCUUUCCAUCAACAAACAAAGACGCAAUACUGUUCCGAGAUCUGAUGCAGACGUACACGGCGCACCGGGGACGCUGGUCGACGCUCAAGCACCUCCGGCAUAUCCGGAUUGUGACGCUGCCGAGAGCGCAUGUAGAGGUGAUGGAGUUUCCGCACCAGUCGUUACUGCGCGGGAUUAGGAAUCCGAAGAUGGCGACGAAGCGAGUGGAGGGUCUAGAGAAGGAGGUUAUCGAUAGUAUUCAGAUGCUACGUAGUGGUGGGCGGGGUGGAAGUACCGACGGACUGGCGCUCGAGCUCGUCGAGGGGUGGAGUCUGUGGAGGUUGACGGCUGCAGUGGUGGUGGUUGUAGGGCUAGCGGGGAUGACGGCGAGCGUGUGGAAGGUUUGUGGGGGUGAGGGAGGCGUGCUGGUGGGGUUGAUUCUGGGGAUUUCGGUUUUGCUGGUGGGAGCGGCGAUAACGGGCGCGUGGAUUGCGGUGAGCUGGUGAGUGAUGAGUGGUGUUGAUCCGGAGCCUUGCGAUAUGUGAAUCCCAUUUA